AUGCCUUUCUGGAAUAUUUAUCACAGCACUGGCGUUUUCACGGACCAGGACAAGGCCGCUAUUGCCAGAGGAGCGACCGAGUUUUACAGUCGAGCCGGUCUUCCCGCAUUUUACGUCCACACGCUUUUUACUUCGAUGGAACGAGAAAAUAGCUUUACAGGUGGCAAAUUGCACUCUACACCUUUCGUCUUGAUCGAAGUCGCGCACGUUGCGAGAAACUGGGACGGAAAAAAAGAACACGCGGAAUAUAUCAAGAAGGGAAUCGACCGCGUCAUGAUGCCCUUUACUACCGACAAGGGGAUCCAUCUCGAGUACGCAGUUCUGGAAGGGCCAGCAGCGUUGUGGAGAAUCGACGGCGUGGACCCUCCGGAGGCAUUUGGACCAGACGACAAGGAUCAGGCGGAAGUGAACCGGAAAAUCCUGGCUGGAAAAUAUCGUUCAUCGCUUUAA